AAGGGUUUUUGAGCAAUUGAAUAGCUUUCUGCCUCCUGCUCCAAUCUCUGAGGCAGUUUAGGGUUUUGGAUUUUUCUCUCACAGAGCGAGGAAAUGGAGGGGGUUACAGAGGCAGUGAACAACUUGAACAUCUCUGAUUCUUCUGCCUCCAUCAAGAAGAACCGUAUCCAAGUUUCUAACACCAAAAAGCCCCUGUUUUUCUACGUCAAUCUCGCCAAGAGAUACAUGCAGCAACAUAACGAGGUGGAACUCUCUGCCCUUGGAAUGGCCAUUGCUACGGUUGUAACCAUUGCUGAGAUAUUGAAGAAUAAUGGACUGGCUGUUGAGAAGAAAAUCAUUACAUCCACUGUUGACAUGAGGGAGGAAUCAGGUGGAAGACCUGUUCAGAAAGCAAAGAUUGAAAUACUACUUGGUAAAUCAGAGAAAUUUGACGAAUUAAUGGCUGCUGCAGCUGCUGAGGAAGCCUUGGAUAACGAAGAGCAGAGUUGAGAUAAUGUUUAAUUGUAGUUUCUUCUUAGCUUGGUUGUGGACAUCUUUUUCCUAGAUUUGCUCUAUGGUUAGCCAUUUAGUAGUUGUGAGGAUAUUUCUUCUAGGAAUUUUUGUAAAACACUAUACCUAUUUCGCUACUUCAAAUUCAGAAUCUAUUGUUAAUGCCAUACGUGCAUGAAGCACUCAAAGCUCAGAUAUUCAGGUUCCUUUCUCUUCGAGAAUUUACUUUCUUUUUCAAUAAUUUUCCAUUGUUUAAUGAGAAUAAAAAUGGUGGAACAGAUCCAGAUAUCUCAAAAUCCACAUAUUAAUAUUGUCGGUUACAUAUCAAAGGUGGCGACCCAGGAUUAACAUCACACGUUGGAAAAAGUCUAAUAUGGUUUCAUACUUCAUCUAAAAAUAUGUUACUUAAAAUUUCUGCAGAAUUUUCUUUUAUGACUUUUCUCUACCGACUACCGACCUCCAACCUCCUGUAUCAUAAUUCACAGAAGCAAUCCCUUUUUUUUCUUUUUUUCUUUUUUUUGGGAAAAAGAAGAUUUAUAUGCCUCAUUCUCAACGCCAAAGAUUUGCAAUUUAAUAAAUAUACUUUCCAAAA